AUGAUCAUUGGUAUGUGCUUUUUCAUUUUCGUAUCAAACCGUAAAAGUAACCCAGUUGGCCUUGCUUUCAUUCCAUUUGCAUUCUGCGGUGUUUGCGAAGGCUCAUACGGUCCAAAUAUGUUAAACGUCGUGAACAAUAUGGGCAAUACUCGUCUAUAUGUUGUCCUUGCCAUGCCUGUUGGCGUUUCUCUUAUUACAAUCCUUGGAUUCUUCUUAAUGGGAUUCGGAGUUCCAUAUACAGUUUUCUAUAUUGUUACAGCUGUUUGCCUUUUAAUUGCUAUUAUCCUUUAUCACCUUACAGUCUUCCCAGAAGCCUGCAGAAAUUCUAGUGGCCAGCACAAUUUCAACCUCAAAGACUUUGGCAAUGAUAUCUGCAACAUUGGCGAUUGGUUCCCCAAGAUUUGGUUCUGUUCUUUAGUUUUCUUAUUGAACAUGGUUUGUUUGGCACUCUUCAACCCAGGAUGCACCCUCUAUACAUACCAGCCUCGUGUUACAUACCGUCUCUUAGGAUUUACAAUUGAUAACAACUUCUUCAUGCUUGCUUACAAUACAUGCUCCUUCUUAGGCGAUUUCUUCUCAAGAAAGGUCAUGGAUAAGAAGAGAAUCAUCAAUCCAGUCUUCUAUUUCAUCCUUCUUUGCUUCGGAUUCGCAAUCAACAUUUCCCAGAUCCCAGAAAUCGUUCCAUUCGCUGCUUUCUGCUUCUCAUGGGCUAACGGUGGCCUCUACGUUCAGUGCACAAAGCUUAUCGGCAUGUUGUUCAAGGAAAAGUACCAUCUUACUGCUACAUCAACAUGGCUCUUCAUCGGUGACUCCGGAUCAACAAGUGGAGCUAGCAUUGUUCAGUUCCUUCGUCCAGUCAUUGCAAGCAUCAAGCAAAGAAUGUACUAA